AUGUUUCUUACCACCGCUCCCCCUCUGAGAAGAGGAAGCACACCUCUACCAAUCAAGCACCAGCUGAAGCGGGAGGAGGCCGUAUCAGAGGACCGUGAUUGGAUACCAGGGAUUGACAAACCAUCCACACUGCCAAUCAGUGACACUGUUUGCCAGGAUGAAUCAUUUGGUCAGGCGGCGGAGGGGUAUCAUGGGAGUGCUAUAAGGAUCGUACUACUUGGGCAGAAUGGGGUUGGAAAAUCAUCGCUGGCUCUGUCCCUGGCUGGACUGUCAGACAGAUCUCUGUCGGUGGACUCUGAAACAGCCUGUGGAGAAGGCUACGAGCGCACAGUGUCCGUUGACGAUGAGGAGAGUUCAGUGAUCAUUUAUGACAACUGGAAACAGGACCUGUCCACGCUGCAGUGUGAGGUGGUUGUCCUGGUGUUCUCGGUGACUGACAGGAGGAGUUUCCAGCGCACUGCACAGCUCCGCCUCAUCCUCAGGGAGUCACUGCCCCACACUCCCAUCAUCCUCGUGGGCAACAAGAGUGACCUUGUCCGUUGUCGAGAGAUCAGCACAGAGGAGGCCCACUCCAGUGCCAUGAUAUAUGACUGCCAAUAUCUGGAGCUGUCUGCCUCCCUGGACCACGGUACCACCGAGCUGCUGGAGGGGGCAGUGAAGGCUGCCAGGGGUGACUGCGUGGGGCCAGGCUGGACGGAGGGGGACCCCGGGGCGGGGCGCAGGGAGAGCCUGACCAGCAAGGCCAAGCGCUUCCUGACUGGCCUGGUGCCACGCUCCUACGGCCGAGGAGACAGGGACCGAGGCCAAUACAGGGAGAUGAGCAGACACCGGGGGAGCAAGAUCCUCCGACAGAAAUCACGCUCUUGCCAUGACCUCAGUGCAAUGUGA